AUGGUUUGUGGAGGGUUUUUUGUUGGGAGAGGGGGUGGUUUUUUUCGCGGAUUCUCCCUCCCCCCCCCCACCCCCCCCCCCCCACCCCCACCCCCACCCCCUCCCCCACCCCCACCCCCACCCCCUCCCCCACCCCCUCCCCCCCACCCUCCUCCGCCUCCGCCGCCGCCUCCUCCUCCCCCUCCGGCGGCUCCUCCCCCCGCUCCCCCCCCUCCUCAUCUUCUAGCUUCAGCCCCCGCUCCCCCCCCACCCCCACCCCCGGCCCCGGCCCCCCCCCAGCCCCCCAGCCCCCCAGCCCCCCAGCCCCAGCCCCCCAGCCCCCCAGCCCCGCAGCCCCCCAGCCCCAGCCCCCCAGCCCCCAGCCCCAGCCCCCCAGCCCCCCAGCCCCCCAGCCCCAGCCCCCCAGCCCCCCAGCCCCCAGCCCCAGCCCCAGCCCCCCAGCCCCCAGCCCCCAGCCCCCAGCCCCCCAGCCCCCCAGCCCCAGCCCCAGCCCCCCAGCCCCCAGCCCCCCAGCCCCCAGCCCAGCCCCCAGCCCCCAGCCCCCAGCCCCAGCCCCCCCAGCCCCAGCCCCCAGCCCCACCCCCAGCCCAGCCCCCAGCCCCAGCCCCCCAGCCCCCCAGCCCCAGCCCCCCAGCCCCAGCCCCAGCCCCAGCCCCCCAGCCCCCAGCCCCCCAGCCCCCCAGCCCCAGCCCCCCAGCCCCCCAGCCCCAGCCCCCCAGCCCCCAGCCCCCCAGCCCCCAGCCCCCCAGCCCCCAGCCCCCCAGCCCCCAGCCCCCCAGCCCCAGCCCCCCAGCCCCCAGCCCCAGCCCCCCAGCCCCCCCCAGCCCCCCAGCCCCCCAGCCCCAGCCCCCCAGCCCCCAGCCCCCAGCCCCCCAGCCCCAGCCCCCCAGCCCCCCAGCCCCAGCCCCAGCCCCCAGCCCCCCAGCCCCCCAGCCCCAGCCCCCCAGCCCCCAGCCCCCCAGCCCCCCCAGCCCCCAGCCCCCCAGCCCCCCAGCCCCCCAGCCCCCAGCCCCGCAGCCCCCCAGCCCCCAGCCCCGCAGCCCCCCAGCCCCAGCCCCGCAGCCCCCAGCCCCGCAGCCCCGCAGCCCCCAGCCCCAGCCCCAGCCCCGCAGCCCCCAGCCCCCCAGCCCCGCAGCCCCGCAGCCCCCCAGCCCCCCCAGCCCCAGCCCCCCAGCCCCAGCCCCGCAGCCCCCCAGCCCCAGCCCCCCAGCCCCAGCCCCGCAGUGGGUCUCCCCGCCUGUGUGUGUGUGCACAGCUCGGCCCCAACACCGAGCUGAAGCCCAGCGGCUGCUGGUGCCUCACAGCGGCCUCGGUGACAUGAUUCAGGACCACACAGCGGCGGACAGCGCCAGCACUGGAGAGCCUGGCAGAUCAGGCUAUGAAGGUGCAUCCAAAAAUGUCUGGUUUCUAAAGGUGUUAUUUGGUGCUAUGUCCUCCAGGCAGUGA